UUUUGAGAACAAAAAACCACUAAUAAUUUCGUAUUUCUUGCAUCAAUCAACCAAUCUCAAGUGGCAUCGUCGUGUUCGUGUCAGGCAGCCAGGCAACUUCCCACGACCACCGCCACCACCCCCACGGCUGGGCCCACCACCUCCUCCUCCUCCACCUCCGCCGGUUAAAAACCUUUGCUUUCUCCUCCCCACACCCACCAUCCUCCACCCCACCCAAAGGGGAAUCAGUCCUCCCACACCACCAACCCUUCUUCUUCCUCCCUCUUCCCCUCCGCCGCCACCGCAACCAGCCUUUCCCAGUUCACCGCCGGGCGUCCGGCCGUUCGGGAUCAGAAGCUGCCGUUGUUCCCAACCAGCAGCGUCGGGAAUCAAGCUAAGUAGUAACCAACACCUCCUACCUUGGAUCGGACUCCUCGACUUUUCCCCUUCUCGCGCCGCCCGCCCAGAUCUGAGCUGACCUGAGCCCUUCCCUUCCCUUCCCUUCCCUUCCCUUCCCCGGAUGGCGACGCCGUCCUCCCCCUCCCCGACCCACUCCCCGACCUCCUCCUCCUCCUCCUACUGGUGCUACCAGUGCGACCGCUUCGUGCGGGCCACCGCCGCUCCCGCCUCCCCAGCCUGCCCUUCCUGCGGGGGCGGCUUCCUCGAGGAGAUGGGCGCGCCACCACCACCACGACCAGCCUACCUCCGUCGCCACCGCGCGCACAACCACCACCACCACCACCACCACCACCACCACCACAUCGCCGCCGCAGCAGCCGACCUCCGCCCCCGCCGCGCGCGCCGCGGCGCCAGCGGCUCGACCGACUCCCGCGCCUCGCCGUUCAACCCCGUCAUCGUGCUCCGCCGCUCCCCUCCCACCACCGCCGCCGACGGCUCCUCCUCCCCCACCGCCACCGCCGGCGGGAGCACCUUCGAGCUGUUCUACGACGACGGCGCGGGGUCAGGUCUCCGCCCACUCCCCGACAGCAUGUCGGACUUCCUCAUGGGUUCCGGCUUCGAGCGUCUGCUAGACCAGCUCGCGCAGAUCGAGGCGGGCGGGCUCGCCGCCGCGCGCGCCCGCGACGCGCCCCCGGCGUCCAAAGCCGCCGUCGAGUCCAUGCCCGUGGUGUCCGUCGGGGCCUCCCACGUCGCCGCCGACGCGCACUGCGCCGUCUGCAAGGAGGCCUUCGAGCUCGGGGCUGAGGCCAGGGAGAUGCCGUGCGCGCACAUCUACCACGCCGACUGUAUCCUGCCAUGGCUCGCGAUACGCAACUCCUGCCCCGUCUGCCGCCACGAGAUGCCCACCGACGCCACCCCGCGCGCCGCUGCCAACGCUGGGGCAGCCGGGGAGGAGGAGGAGGCGACGGUCGGGCUCACCAUCUGGAGGCUCCCCGGCGGCGGGUUCGCGGUGGGGAGGUUCGCGGGCGGGCGGAGGCCUGAGGAGCGCGAGCUGCCGGUGGUGUACACGGAGAUGGACGGCGGGUUCAACAGCGGCGGCGCCGGCGCGCCCCGCCGGAUCUCCUGGGGGUCCAGGCAGACGGCUUCCACGGACAGGGGCACCGUCCGCCGCUUCCUCCGAAACGUCUUCGCCUGCUUUGGUGGACGCGGGUCGGCGGCAUCGCGGUCGCACGCCAUGCCUGAGCUCGACGACGACGACGCGUCUGAUCAUAGUGCAGCCUUCAGCCGUGGUGGGUCCAGGAGCCGCAGCACCAGCUGGAGACUCGAGGACGGCCAUGCCGCCGACGCCAUGGUGCAGAGAUGAUGAUGAUGAUGAUUGCUCUCUCUCUCUCUCUGCCUGUAGUACAGUAGUACGCUGCAAAAAGCUUGCUGCUUUGUUUCAUUCAUGGUGUAUUUAUUUACCAUACUACUACUCCUGCUACUUAGAAGAAGGGAGGAGGAGGAUGAGAAGAAGGAAUUGGAGGAUUUGAGUUUGUAGAACAGGGUAAAUUAAAUUGGUGUUGUUGUAAGUAUACAUAGUAAGGAAAUGGAAGGAGAGCAGCAUCUCUACUCUACCUCUCUCUUUGUUAAUUAGAGACCAGACCAUGCGUUUGCAAUUUGCAUUGCAGGUGGGGAAUUGUUGUUCUUGAGGUCUCUGUGAGAAAUGGUGAUGGAUCAACUGUUCUUUCAUUAUUGGUAGCAAA